GGCAUCACAUGAACACUUGUUCGUACUGUCUGCUUCUUUUACUGAUCACCGCCGCCGCUUCUCAGUCCACCGUCAAUACCCUACCCGGUUAUCCCGGACCUCUGCCUUUCAAACUCGAAACCGGGUACAUUGGCGUUGGAGAUGACGAUGAAGUUCAACUGUUCUACUACUUCGUUGAAUCGGAGCGAGACCCGCGAAAGGACCCUCUUAUUUUUUGGCUCACCGGCGGACCCGGUUGCUCUGGGUUUUCCGGCCUCGUUUACGAAAUCGGUCCGUUGGCGUUUGAUGUGGUAGAUUUCGAUGGAAGCUUUCCUUCUUUCACUUUAAAUCCAUAUUCAUGGACAAAGAUCGCAAGCAUUAUAUUCAUAGACUCCCCUGUCGGAACCGGAUUCUCCUAUACCAACACAUCAGAAAGUUACGCUACGUCCGACACUAAAUCAACAGAAGAUAAUUACGUAUUCUUGAGGAAGUGGUUGUCACUCCACCCUAGAUUUCUCAAAAAUCGCCUAUACAUCGCAGGCGACUCUUACGGAGGCAAAAUCACUCCCAUGGUAGCUCGUGCCAUAUCAGAAGGUAAUGAAGCCGGACUUCAGCCACGAAUGUUACUCCAAGGAUACAUUGUUGGUAAUUCAAGGACAGAUGCAAAUAAGGAUGACAAUGAAAAGAUUCCUUAUGCUCACAGAAUGGGACUCGUAUCCGAUGAAUAUUUCGAGCUAGCAAAAAGCAGCUGUCUCGGAGAGUACGUGAAUCCGGAUCCAGAUAAUAUAGAAUGCAAAUACGCUCUUCGUCUUGUUAAUGAGUGCACAAAGCUUAUCAACAAUGCCCACAUUCUGGAACCGAUGUGCAAAUUCUUAUCACCAAACCCUAAUAACUCUCAACGGGACCCACUAUUUGUAGAAGAUGAUCCAGUCGAGGACUUCCUAUUCAUGUCCACACAAGACGACUCGUUAUGCCGUAAUUAUAAUUAUGCGAGCUCUUACGUUUGGGCGAAUAAUGAAAGUGUCCAAGAAGCUCUUCACAUAAGAAAGGGAACGAUACCCGAUUGGAAAAGAUGCAAUACGAGCUUAACUUACGAGUAUGAUGUGGAAAGUGUUCUCGAAGAUCAUCGGCUUCUCAGCGAGAAAGGCUUUCAAGCCUUGGCAUAUAGUGGCGAUCAUGACAUGAUUAUACCCUACAUGAGCACUCUAAAAUGGAUACGAGAAUUAAAUCUCACCGUUGACGAUGAAUGGAGGCCGUGGACUGCCAACGGACAAGUUGCAGGAUACACAGAGAAAUACAAAAACAAUCAAGCCUACAUCACCUUUGCUACAGUGAAGGGUGCAGGUCAUACAGCUCCAGAGUACAAGCCUAAAGAAUGUUUUGUCAUGUUUGAGAGAUGGCUCUCUUUGUACCCACUCUGAUCCAAUACUGCAGGUUCUGGAUUUUAUUAUCUUUGUAUUUAAUUAUUUAACAAAAUAUA